AUGGCUUCCCUCCUCCGUUCAUCUACCCUUCGCGCUGCGCGCCAGGCCCGUCCCACGGCCGCUGCUGCCGCUCUGAGCACCAGCUUUGUGCGCACCAAGGCCACUCUCCCGGAUCUUCCGUACGACUACAACGCUCUCGAACCGUACAUCUCCUCCAAGAUCAUGGAGCUGCACCACUCCAAGCACCACCAGACCUAUGUCUCCGGCCUCAACGCUGCCCUCGACACCAUUGCCGAGGCCAACGCCGCCGGCGAUGCCCGCAAGGCCGCCAAGGCCGCGCCCCUCCUCAACUUCCACGGCGGCGGGCACAUCAACCACUCCCUCUUCUGGGAGAACCUGGCCCCGGCCUCGCGCGACGGCGGCGGUGACCCCUCGGGUGCCCUGAAGACCCAAAUCGAAAAGGACUUUGGCUCCACCGAGGCCCUCGUCAAGCAGUUCAAUGCCGCCCUGGCCGGCAUUCAGGGAUCCGGCUGGGCCUGGCUCGCCAAGGACUCGGCGUCCGGCACCCUUACCCUCGUUACCCGCGCCAACCAGGAUCCCGUGUCCGGCAGCCUGGUGCCCCUGCUCGGCAUUGACGCCUGGGAGCACGCCUACUACCUGCAGUACGAGAACCGCAAGGCCGAGUACUUCUCGGCGAUCUGGAACGUCAUCAACUGGAAGACGGUCGGCCAGCGCUUUGAGAAGGCAUAA